AUGACAUCCAAAAGAUUGCCCUUAUUGGUUGUUCUGCUGGUACUGGUACUUGCAGUGGGGAAUUUAGCCCAUGGAGGAAACACUAAUACAACUAAUAACAAACGGAGGGGAAGAAUGACUGACAAUUGCCCAACUCAGCCAGGAAUCCAAGAAGAUACCGAAUUCCCAGAGACAGUGAAGGUGCGCAUAUCUCUUGCUCAUGCAGAAUCAAUGACCAGGAUGCCUCAUGAUGUUAAAAACAAAUCUCUCUCUCCAUGGGAUUACAGUGUUAAGGAAGAUCCUAACAGAUUCCCACACACAAUUUCUGAAGCCAGCUGCCGUUAUACCUUUUGCCUGGAUUCCAUGGGGAAGAAUCUAAACUAUGCUAUGAACUCUGUUCCUAUUCAGCAGGAGAUCUUGGUUCUGAAGCGCAAACUUAUUGGCUGCAAGCAAAGCUAUUGGUUAGAGAAACAAGUGAUCACUGUUGGAUGCACCUGUGUCUUUUCUACUUCCAAUGCUUAUCAGAAAAAGGUUUUCUAA